ACCGCACCGCAUUCAAGAUCAAAACAAAUCACUUCAUUGAGUAAAAUCAAUCUUUUAAAAGAUUGCGUCAAGGAAAGUUAUACUGUCAAAUCUGUACAGAAUUAAUUUCUCAUUUGACAGCUAAAGAAAUCUAAUUCUAUCAUAUAUCAGGAGCCAUGGCUGAGAUGGCAAGUGCACGUGUAAAAGAGGCAAUUAAUUCAAUGCUUGAAGAAAUCGACAGUUCUUGUAUGAGAAAAAUGCAGGGUAAUAUGCACAAAUGUGCGGCUAAUUGUUGUGACAAUCCAUCAGCCUCAAUGGAAGAAGUGCACAGAUGUAUAGAAUCUUGCAGUUCUACUAUUACGGAUGCCCAAAAUUUUUUACAAAAUGAACUUACUAAUUAUCAGGAUAGAAUUCAACGCUGUGUUAUGCAAUGUCAAGACAAUAUCAGAGAUAAAAUUACUGCAUCCACAACCGAGGCUGAAGUUUCUGGUUUCAAGAAAGAUUUUGAGCAGUGUGUUGUUAAGUGUGCUGAUACACAUAUUGCAUUAAUACCAUCAAUGUUGAAAAGGAUAAAAGAUGUUUUGUUUAGCAAAUCACAAAAUAAUAAACUAUCUAUAUAAUAAAAAAAUAUAUAGCCAUAGAUAAUUUGAAAAAUAGUUAUGACUCAUUAAGUGUAGUAUUUUUUAAAAUAAUAUAAAUGCUUCAAUAAAAUAAGUUUCAACUUA